AUGUUUGGGAACUUGAGACAUGCACCGGUGAUUGAGCUGUACAAUAUCAAGACCCCCUACCAGUUUCAUACUUGGGCAUUUGAUUUGGUAGGCCCUAUAGCGCAGCAAUCUAAAGGCCACAGAUGGAUAUUUGCAGCAAUUGAAGUUAGCACCAUAUGGAUAGAGACCAUACCAAUGAGGAAAACAAACAAAGAUGGAGUGGCCAACUUCAUCAGGGAAAACAUCAUCUGUAGGUUUGGCAUACCAAAGGUGAUGUUAUCUAACAAUGGAACUCCCUUCGUAAAUCAUCAUGUGGGAAGGUUGCUGGACGACUACCAAAUCAAGCACCACAAGUCUACUCCAUACUAUCCUCAACGGAAUGGACAAGCUGAGGCAACCAACAAAGCCGUCGUCAGAAUACUGAGUAAAAUGAUGGAUGAAACAGGGGGUAUAUGGUUUGAACAACUUCUCGUAACACUCCAGGCAUACAGAAUGUCAAGGAGGAAGCCAAUCCAAGCAACCCCAUUUUCCCUAAUGUACGGGUUUGAAGCUGUGCUACUAGUUGAGUUGGCAGUACCCCCAACAAGAAUGAUACAUGGUUAUCUUGUGAAAUCACAUUGGAAUAAGAAAUUGGAAAUUUGUGGCCUUCAUGGUUGA